AUGGGGCUGUAUGAAGCUCUCAAUGGUGGAAAGUUGACUGUGCCGAAAACCGUCCUCAAGUUGGAGGCCGACUUGAAGAAGGAGUGGACGACGCGCGACCGCGAAGCCAAGCAAGCUUUGAAGAACCAGACCACCACCACUACCAAGGGGGGUACCAAGCGUAAGGCCAACGAUGACAACGCCCACGCUGGUCCGAGUAGCGCAACUGCUACCAAGAAGGCGAGGACAAUCGCUACUCCCAAACCCAAGGCUGCCCCCAAGCCACCUGCCGCCGAGCCAGCUCCCGCAAAGAAGCAGACCGCCCGUCGAGGGGGCACCUCCGCAAGCAGAGCUGACUCCCACGCUGUCUCCUCAAGGCCAUCACCACCACCCCCCUGA